CUGGCAAGCCGCCGCCUGCUUCAAGCGGGCGCUCUUCCCUGGAAGUCGACCAUGACCACCCGCACACCACCGGUCCCAUGGUCCCAGCCGCGCCCCUUCUCCUCUUCCGCGCCCACCUCCCCUGCCCAGAACGCGAGCGCCGUGCCGCGGCCCCCCGCGUCGACCCCCCGUGCCGCGGGCGGCUUCGCCCCGGCCACGGCGGCCUCCAAGUCGGCGGCCUCGGACCACGUCUACGACGCCACGUCGACCGACACGCUCGACCUCUCCAAGAUCAUCGCCGCCGAGUCGGACGACUUUCUGCGCAGCCACUACAGCGCGCCCAAGCCCGAGCUGCGCCUCAAGCCCGUCCUCGGCCGCACCUUUCACUGCACGCCCCGGCGGGACAUGGCCGGCGCCCUCGCCGUCCUCGGCAGCGCCAUGCGGGCCAACAACACGAAGAAGCUGGCGCGCCUGCAGAAGCGCCACGAGAGGCCCGGCCUCAAGAGGAAGAGGCUCAGGAGCGAGCGCUGGCGGGCCAGGUUCAAGAUUGGCUUCGCGGCCACCGUGUCGAGGGUGCAGGAGCUGCGGAACCAGGGUUGGUGA